AGUAGCAGAGCGCCAGUAGCCCACAUCAGCUCGGAGGAGCGGGGCGUGGACUCAGCCAGCCCGACUGUUCUUUGCUCUUAAAUUUGGAGGCGACGGCCGACUUUCGGGAGAGGAAAAAAAAUAAAGAAACUGAGAAGGAAUCGACCGAUCCGCCACUGCCUUCAUGUUCCUGAUCUCAAAAGUUACUGAAAGAGCAAACAGUCAAGAGAAGCAGCCUACAGCACAGCCAUGGAUGACAUCUUCACACAGUGUCGAGAAGGGAACUCUGUGGCCGUCCGUCUGUGGUUGGACAACACAGAGAAUGACCUCAACUUGGGUGAUGACCAUGGUUUCAGCCCCCUCCACUGGGCAUGCAGGGAAGGGAGGAGCGGCGUUGUCGACAUGCUCAUCAUGAGAGGCGCUCGUAUUAAUGUGAUGAACCGUGGAGAUGAUACCCCAUUACACCUCGCCGCCAGUCAUGGACACAGAGACAUCGUGGCCAAGCUUAUUCAGUGCAAAGCAGACCCCAAUACAGUCAACGAGCAUGGAAACACACCUCUCCACUACGCCUGCUUCUGGGGCCAAGACGAAGUGGCAGAGGACUUGGUGGCGAGUGGUGCCCAGGUGAGUGUAUGCAACAGGUAUGGACAGACACCUUUGGACAAGGCCAAGCCUCAUCUGAGACAGCUGCUUCAAGAAAAGGCUGAGAAAAUGGGCCAGAGUAUGACCAAAGUCCCUUAUAAGGAAACUUUCUGGAAGGGUACCAUGCGUACACGACCUCGUAAUGGUACCCUCAACAAGCAGGCUGGUAUUGAUUAUAAGCAGCUUUCGCUCCUGGCAAAGAUCAAUGAGAACCAGUCUGGAGAGUUAUGGCAGGGUCGGUGGCAAGGGGAUGAGAUUAUAGUCAAGGUGUUGCAGGUGAGAGACUGGACCACCAGAAAGAGUAGAGACUUCAACGAGGAGCAUCCAAAACUCAGGAUCUUUUCUCAUCCAAACAUUCUGCCUGUUCUUGGAGCCUGUCAGGCACCUCCUUCCCCUCACCCUAUCAUCAUUACUCACUACAUGCCGUACGGGUCCCUCUUCAACAUACUCCACCAGGGCACUACUCUGGUGGUCGACCAAAGCCAAGCAGUGAAGUUUGCACUGGACAUCGCCAGCGGCAUGGCUUUCCUCCAUACUUUAGAACCAAUGGUUUCACGGCUUUACCUCAACAGCAAGCAUGUAAUGAUUGAUGAGGACAUGACAGCCAGAAUAAGCAUGGCAGAUGCUAAGUUCUCCUUCCAGUGUCCAGGUCGUAUGUACUCUCCAGCUUGGAUGGCCCCUGAAGCCCUGCAGAAGAGGCCUGAAGACAUCAACAGAAGAUCUGCUGACAUGUGGAGCUUUGCGGUGUUACUGUGGGAGCUGGUUACCAGAGAGGUCCCCUUUGCUGACCUGUCACACAUGGAGAUUGGCAUGAAGGUUGCUCUCGAAGGUCUGCGGCCAACAAUUCCUCCGGGAAUUUCACCUCACAUCUGUAAGCUGAUGAGGCUCUGCAUGAACGAAGACCCAGCCAAGAGACCCAAGUUUGACAUGAUCGUCCCCAUCCUGGAGAAGAUGCAAGACAAGUGAAUGCCUUCGCAGCAAUUUGUACACUUCUGUUACUGUUUUUUUUUUUUCCUUCAAACCACUUGCUAUCUUCACUUCAAUCAUGUAUCUGCCAUGCCGCUGUAAAUAAUGUCAGAGACCACUUCAGCUACACAACACAUAUGUUGCUCUUCUUGUAUAAUUUAAAUUUGAGGUAUAAAUGUUCUUUAGCAUGACAAUGUUGCGCUAUUAUUAAUAUUAUUAUUAUUAUUAUUAUUAUGGUUGAAAUGUGUUCACUGAAACAUUGGCAAACUUUUUGAUCCAGUGUGGUUUAUAUUCAGUGACGAGUCAGAUCCAAAGAAAUGUGUACAGAAACAGUGCUUUUUAUACACAUUAGCAAUGCCAAUGCAAUAAAUGUUUUAUAUUUACGACAAA